UGAGCUCUGUAAUCUUCUCCACUGGUUCGUGUUCUACCCUCUUUCUCAAACCGAACUAGCCUUCUCCCGACCAUCUACGCGCGCAGUACACCUGCUUUGUUCAGACAACGAACUGCAGUUUAGAUAAUAAUGUCGGAAGUUAAACCAUUGAUUGGUCUUAAAUGGGAACCAAAGCUUCCAUGCUUAGCUUUAGAGUCAAAAACUGGUUCCACUUCAAGUAAAGUUGCUGAGAGUGGUUCUCUUUGGAGCUCUAAGUCAGAGCUUGUUGAUGGUCUUUGUCUCCCACCUACUGAUCCAAAGAAAGUUACUAAGAUGAUGAGAAAGCAAAUUAAAGACACCACUGGCUCAGACUGGUUUGAUAUGCCUGCACCAACAAUGACUCCUGAGUUGAAAAGGGAUCUUCAAUUGCUUAAGUUGAGGCAUGUGAUUGAUCCUAAGCAACAUUACAAGAGAGUUGUGUCCUCUUCAAAAUUAGGUGAAAAGUAUUUCCAGGUUGGUACAGUAAUUGAACCAGCACAAGAGUUCUUUCAGAGACUCACAAAGAAGAAUAGAAGCACAACUCUUGCUGAUGACUUGGUGGCAGACCCUAACGCUUCUCAGUACAGGAAAGUUACUUCCAUUGUUCUAUUUAGAAAGUGUUUAUUGUAUAAGGAUGCUUAGAUGAUGUAUCAAAAUAAUGCAUGUCUUAGGCUAGUUGUUUGUAAAGGUUUAGGUUGUGAUUCAUUUUAGUUAAAUCCCUCUAAACCUGGCUUUGACAAUGGAAUUGAACGUGUUAAUUGAAAGAGGUUCUUGGUGAGCCCUUGUAGAGAGGCUCUUUUUGAGCAUAUUGUUUGUUUCUUCAUAUCUUUGGAUUGCAAGAAUGCUAUGUCUCUGUCAAGAAUUAUGUAGGGUUAUUGAGAGAGGUUGCAGCUAAGACAUGAGUUUGUAAGUGAUUUUGUGUUUGGUUGUGUUGUGUAUUCACAGGAAGCGUAAAGUCAGAGAGAUUGAAGAGAAGAACAGAUCUAAUCAGGAUAAGAAGUGGAAGAGAAAGGGAAGUGACUCCAAGAAAACAAAACAUAGAAGGAACUGAACUGCAUCUACUAGAGACUAUGAUCUCAUUUUUUGGUGCACCUUACCUUGUAAUGACUACUGUUGUUGUUUUACAGCCUUUGUUUAGAAGGUUGGUUUUGUUGUUUACAUGUCGGAUGAUUAAACAAACAUUUAUGGGAAUUGAAUAGAUCAUAAGAGUAUUUUGGA